AUGUUAAAAAACGACCGCGGCCUUGAGCUCGGGGUUUUUGUCACAUUGUUAAAUAAAUGACUCUGGAUAAAGAAGAUAACUUUCAACAUGGUCCACAUGCGAUUGAGCGUCGUGGAGCAUUGCGUCAGAAGAAUGUCAUUGAGGUCAAGGGUCAUAAAUUUGUUGCUAAGUUUUUCAAACAAUUUACUUUUUGUGGCCACUGCAAGGACUUUAUUUGGUAAUGGCCUUUUUUUCUAUAUAACUUUUCAGGGGCCUUGGAAAACAAGGAGUCCAGUGUCAAAUAUGCUGCUUCGCUGCUCAUAAGAGAUGCUAUCAAUAUGUAGCAUUUAAGUGUCCUGGUGCUGAUUUAGGUCCUGAAUGUGAUUCUAAAAGGCGUCAUAAAUUCAAGCUGCAUACGUACUCGAGUCCUACAUUUUGUGACCAUUGUGGUUCACUGCUAUAUGGGCUUGUUCAGCAAGGUUUCAAAUGUCAAAACUGUGGUAUGAAUGUACACAAAAGGUGUGAAAUGAAUGUUCCUCACCUUUGUGGCGUAGAUAAUACGGAAAGAAGAGGACGAAUAUUUCUCAAGAUUAGCUGGCAAGAAAACAGAUUUGUAGUUGAAGUGAAAGAAGGUAGAAAUCUUAUUCCGAUGGACCCAAAUGGUCUUGCUGAUCCUUAUGUUAAAAUCAAAUUUGGACCAACCGACGAACUUGGACGUAAAUUCAGAACCAAAACAAUAAAGUCUAACCUAAACCCUAUAUGGGAUGAAAAGUUCACCAUUGAUCUACGUCCAGACGAUGAGUCGAAGCGAUUGCAUUUUGAAGUUUGGGACUGGGAUCGCACAUCACGUGACGAUUUCAUGGGUGCUUUAUCAUUUGGAGUUACAGAAUUAAUUAAAAAGCCAAUUGAUUGUUGGUUUAAACUACUGAGUCAAGAAGAAGGUGAAUACUACUCGAUUCCUUGUACGACAGAGAGUAAUACUCCGCCCUAUGCAGAAAUAUCUUCUGAAUAUGAGUCACAAUUCAAAGGAGAUAUUUACAAUGAUGAUAAUGAGAAUAUACAAAACUGUCCAACAAAAUUACGUGAUGUAGUCAGAGCAACAGAUUUCAAAUUUAUCAAAGUAUUGGGCAAAGGAAGUUUUGGGAAGGUAAUGUUAGCUGAACGUAAAGAUACAGAUGAACUUUAUGCUGUGAAAAUCUUGAAAAAAGAUGUUGUUCUACAAGAUGAUGAUGUAGACUGUGCAAUGAUUGAACGUCGAGUGUUAGCAUUACAACGUAAACCACCAUUUCUUGUUCAAUUACAUUCUACAUUUCAAACUAUGGAUCGAUUAUAUUUUGUGAUGGAAUUUGUCAAUGGUGGUGAUCUAAUGUUUAGAAUACAGAAGGAAGGAAAAUUUAAGGAACCUAUUGCUGUAUUUUACGCAGCUGAAGUAGCCGUUGGUUUAUUUUUUUUACAUGAUAAAGGAAUUAUUUAUCGGGAUUUAAAAUUGGAUAAUUUACUUCUCGAUGCCGAUGGACAUAUUAAAAUAGCUGAUUUUGGAAUGUGUAAAGACGGUAUUACAGGUGACGCUACAACACAUACAUUUUGUGGUACACCAGAUUAUAUUGCACCUGAAAUACUUCUGUAUAAACCUUAUGGUAAAUCAGUAGAUUGGUGGUCUUACGGUGUUUUGCUAUAUGAAAUGCUAGCUGGUCAGCCUCCUUUUGAAGGUGAGGAUGAAGAGGAUUUGUUUGCAAAUAUAUUACAACAUACUAUUUCUUAUCCAAAAAGUUUAUCCAAAGAAUCCGUUUCUAUUUGUAAAGCUCUGCUUACAAGAGAUCCAAUGAAAAGACUUGGUUGUGGUUCAGACGGUGAAAAAGAGAUUAAAGAACAUUUGUUCUUUCGACGCAUAGAUUGGGAUAAAAUCGCUUUGCGUUUAGUACAACCUCCAUUCAAACCAGUUACUUUAUCACCACGUGAUACAAGUAAUUUCGAUAGUGAAUUUACAAAAGUCACUCCGGAAUUAUCACCAACUGAUAAAUUAUUUGUUAUGAAUUUAACUCAAACAGAGUUUAGCGGAUUCUCUUUUGUUAAUCCGGAAUUUAUUGUUGAAGUAUAAGAUUUUUAUUCUUUCUUAGUAUCUUGUUUGUUUGUUUCCUCCCUUCUGUGUAUUACUUUUUGAAUUUCAUUGUGAAUAAUUACUCAGUUUCAGCAUACCUCUAUGUUCUUUUCGGUUCAUCUAUUUAUUUAUCCAUUGUUCCUUACUGUUCUCUUCCGUUCUUUAAAUGCAUUUAUUCAUGGCAGUGUUACUUCUGUUGUAUACAGAGAGUUUGUUUUUAUUAUAUGAAUUCACAGUGUGUGUAUGAUGUAUGUAUGCGUGAUCGUUACUUUGAGUUUAUGAAAUAAAAAAAUGCAAACAAUGAAACCAAAACAAUGGUAAAUAUAUAUAUGAAUGUUGUCACUAGCUACCUUAUUGACAUAGUUGCCAUGUUACAGGGUAUUAUCAAGUGUUUCUGUGUUGCAUUUUUGGUUUUUUCAUAUACUUGUCAACUUCAACUAUGGCAAAUUUAUGACUAACCGACUACUUUUCAUUUAUAUAUACAUAUAUAGAUAGAUUCAUACAGGAAAUGUAUUAGUAUAAGGUCAUAUUCAUAGUAUUGGAUGUGUUGUCGUUAAUUAUUUCACAAUUAUUGUUCGUUUUCAAUAUGUUAUUUGUAAAUUUGUUAAAGUUUUAUUUUCAACUAAGAAUCUUUUUAUUACUUUUCUUUUUCUUACUCUGUGUUUGCUCAUUUUUAUUUUAAUGUGAUAUAAUUCUUGUUGGAACUAUGUUUAUUAUAAUCGAUUUACUUUGUACUUGUUUAUUUAAAAUACAUUAGGGAUACAUUAGUUUCCUUUACAUAGACUUUUUUUCAUUUUUUUUUCUGGAUUAAUGUGAAAUUCCUACUUUCUUUACUGGUUUGGAUGUGCAAUAAAAUUGAUGGUACAUAUGAAUGAGAAAAAACAAAACAUUCCAAUUAUGAAGUACUUUUACUACUAUUAAUAUAUAGUAGUAUGUGCAAUGUUACUAGUAUCAAUAGCAGUAGUAGUGAUAGCAACUGAACUAAUGUAUCUGCUAGAUAACCUGAUCAUCAAUAAUUUACUUAAAUUCUUUGUGUAUUACACUAAUUUAAUGUAUAAUUUAUUUUGAAAUUUUUUCCAUUCAUUUUCUUGAUAAUGUUUAAUUUUAGUCAAAUUUAGUUAUCUUCGUGUGUUGUUGUCGUUGUUGUUGUUUGUUUGUUUCGUUUUCAUAACAUCUGCAUCGGUCUUUCUUCUUCUUUUCCUCCUUCUCGUCUCUUCCUGUAUCUGUUUAUUUUUCUUUAGUUUUGUUUCUUUUAUCAUGUGCGUCAAAUAUAAAACGUUGAACACUUCAAUGAGAUUCUCUGUUGUUUAUUAUUAUUAUUCGAAUGAAAGCUGGUUUAAGAAAAAUAGAAUGCCAAAUGAAAUCAAUCACAACAAAGACAUGAGAGUUUUGUAUGUUUGUAAGGCAGCUGUUCUCUUCAAUUUUUCUCUUUUUUUUGUAUGUGUACAAACAAGUCAGCGAUUAUGCACGUUUAUUACAUAACAAGGAUUUGUUCUCAUGUUUAUAAACAACCCUGUUUCAUCUUUUGUCAUUUACAUAUUUUAAUUUGUUGAGCGAAAUAAUCAUUUUAUUCCAAUUUAUUCAUUUGUGAAUCAUUGUGUUUAUUCAUAAAAUUAUUGUUAGAAGAAAUAAAACGUUUUUUCUAG